AUGCUCGGUGACGUCAGGAAGAAUAUAUCUGCCCUCCAAACUCCGGGCAAUGUAAUAUUAUUGCAGUGCCUCGAAGAGAUUGGCUGUCUGAUUGACCAGUUUGGUCUCAACGUCUGCCAACCCUCUCCCGCGGCUUCGCUUAAGGUGCUCGCCGGACAGAUUAGUGAUCGAGACAGCGGUGUGCGCACAGCUGCCCUCAACUCUCUUGUGGCCGCAUAUGCCAUCGUGGGAGAACCCCUCUGGAAAAUGCUCGGUGAAAUGCCUGAAAAGGAUCGGUCGAUGCUGGAGGAACGUAUCAAGCGCUCCGGCCGCCCGUCAACCGCCGCCUCGAACGCCACUUCUAAACGCUCCGCCUCUGAACGUCCGACAGCCAGUCGCAGUGCCUAA